ACAAAAACAUAAUGUCCGAUCUUAUUUCGCAACUUCUUGAGAAUCAUUCUUUGCAGAGGAAUGCUACAAUAAUACCGCACAGAAUUAAUAGCCGGACCUCAACUCAAACCUCACCUCACCAUUCAAAGAAACUUCCCACGUAUCCAUCGUAUUUGAAGAAUACUGUGUAUGCUGCGCUAGUAAAAGAACAAUACGAGCACCAGAAAAUCAAACGCGAUAGGACAAAGACUUCUGGUAUAAUCUCUACAUUCCGAUUUAAGGAAUCCGAUGACAAUCCGCUCGAUGACAUGUGUCUAGCUCUACCGUCAUCAUGGAAUCAAUUAGAUAAAUCUUUUAAUAUUCAGAUACGCAAGAACUCGCUGGACCUUUUUUACACCGGACCAGGAGAGAAUGAUAGGGACGCUGCUAGUGUGCGCUCUAACUACGCAAUACCGCCUCAAUGUGGAGUAUAUUACUACGAGGCGAAGAUUCUUUCGAAGGGUGAAAAUGGGUUUAUUGGCAUUGGAUUCUCUAGCUCGGGGAAUGAUCUUGAUCGUUUACCAGGCUGGGAUGAAAAUUCAUGGGGAUAUCAUGGAGAUGAUGGGUUUUGUUUUUCUGGCUCUGGGAGUGGUGUAGCAUAUGGACCCUACUUUACAACUGGAGAUGUGAUUGGUUGCUGUAUGGACUUUUCGAAUAAUACAAUAUUCUACACCAAAAACGGUACGCUCCUGAAUACUGCCUUUAAAGAUGUUAAGCCAGCAUUCAAAUUAUAUCCAAAUAUCGGUCUACGAACACCUGGGGAACAUGUCUUGACAAACUUUGGUGAAGAACCGUUUGUGUUUGAUAUUGACAGAUAUGUUGCGGAUCAAAAACUAAAAAUCUGGAAAGAGGUUACAAGUGAGCCGCACAGAAUGCAGGCCCCUAAUAUUACUUCACCAAAAUACAAGAUAAUUGCAGAUCCUAAUUCAAAUGAGACGCAAGAUAAUCAAAAUGGCCAUAAGCAAAUCAUGGAGCAAUUGAUAAUCCCAUACCUUAUGCAUCAAGGAUAUACUCAGACUGCUAAGUCAGUUAUCAAAUCUACUGAAGAUGUCAUGAGAACAAGCUCAGCCUCCAUACAUGCUCUACCAUACGAUAUAAGCAAUGAUGGAGAAGUGACUUCUUUGUACAGCGAUGAAAUCAAGAAGAUGGAAGAACGUCAUGUAAUCAAGGCCGCUGUUUUAGAUGGAAAUAUCGACCUAGCUAUAAGAAUAAUUCAACAGUUGUUUCCCAAUAUGAUCAAAGAUGAAAGCCAAUCAUCAAUUGUAUUUGAGUUAAAGUGCCAAAAGUUUAUUGAGAUGAUGAAGUCGUACAGUGAGCAAAUAAAUAGAGCCAAUCAGACAGAGGAGCCUUUAUCACAUCUCCUGGUAUCUCACAAAAAUGAAGACAGCCAUAUGGACGAAAUUGAUUCCAAAGCAUCACUCCUAAAAGAUUAUGUGUGUGAAGAUAUGGAAAUAGACGAAGAUUUUGAGGAUAGAACACAUGUGCCUUCGAAAAGAGCCAAUAGUGGAAUUAUUAUUGACAAAGCUAUUGGUCAAGGUUCAGGUAUAGAAUCAGGAUCUCAAGCUAAAUCCUUGUCGAAAAUCCCAUGUCUUGAAGAUUUGAUACAGGAUAUAAUGCGUUAUGGAGAAAAACUUCAGGAUGAAUAUCGAUAUACUAUGACCUCUGAGCAAAGAGCAAAAUUGACUAAAAUAUUUGCAUUACUUGCAUACAACGACCCUAUUGAAAGCCCAUUGGCUUAUAUUAUGGAUAAAUCCAACAGAGAUGUACUCGCUUCCAAGCUAAACACCGCCUUGUGUGUUUGUCAGCAGCAGCGUGCAACUACUUCUCUUGAGUCUAUAUAUAAGCAGGCCAUCUUGACAAACAAAGAGCUUGUAUGGAGUGGAAAUGCCAAAUCCUCAUUGAUAAAUAUCAACCAGUAUCUAAAAUCAGAAUAUUGA